AUGACCGAACUGCUUUCAGGAAUUCUUGGAACGGAUGCCGCAAGAAUACUUGCUCCCGUCUGGUUGGUGGCUUAUGGAACGCAAAUAGCCGGAUUCGCCAUUUCUGCUCCGCUGCAGUCCGAAAAGCCUGCUUCUUUAGUCUCACCAUCCGAACCCACUUAUCCACCAAAUACCUUCCCGAUUACGCCCCCUCCCCCACCACGCUAUCAUACACGUCAAAUUAUAGCGACUACGCUGCAAACAGUCUGGUCCCUGCGCUUGGCCGUAUACCUGGGCUUGCGAGUAAUGAGGAAAGGGGGUGAUUCAAGAUUCGAAAAGGUUAAGCGGAGCCCUGGAAUGUUUCUAAUAUUUUGGCUUGGACAAGCACUAUGGAUUUUUCUGAUUCCUCUUGGAGUUUAUGGCGUUAAUGCCGUGCCACCAGAGCUACAUCCUCCUAUAGGUCUCACUGAUUUGUUCGGAGUUGCGUUAUGGUUCUUUGGAAUUACAUUUGAAGCUAUUGCAGACAUGCAGAAGGGCGCUUUCAGCAAAGAUCCUAAGAAUCAUGGAAAAUUUAUAAGAAACGGAUUGUGGAGAAUAAGUAGACAUCCCAAUUACUUUGGAGAAAUAGUCUUGUGGGCGGGUAUGACUCUACUCUGCACGCCGGCCCUUGUUAAAAUAUCGCAAAGUUAUCCUGAGCGCAUCAAACCCGCAGUUGCCUACUCGACUGUUGUCAGUCCCGUUUUCACAACAUACUUGCUCAAUAUGGUAAGCGGUAUUAACAUCCUGGAAAAACAGGGGGAUAGGAGAUGGGGACAUCUGAAAGAAUGGCAAGAGUAUAAAGAAACAACACCUGCAUUGGUGCCUUGGAUUGGAUGGUGGUGGAUGAAUAAGAUGAAGAAAGAUGUUAAGGCGGCACACGGGAAGAGUAAGUAG